UAAGUCAGAACCACCAGAGGAAGGCUGCCAGUAUUUCCCUCGAGCUGGUCUGCAGGCCCCUUCGGCUGGGAACCUGUGCCGGGAGCUGCCUGUCUGCAAACAGGGAGCCCACAGUGCCUCAGGAAAAAUUGGCUGAAUAAAAGGGCAACCAGGACACCACGGCUCCGCCCGAAGCGAUGGCCCAGCCCUACCCCCCUGCCCAGUACCCCCCUCCACCACAGAACGGCAUCCCUGCCGAGUACGCCCCGCCCCCACCGCACCCCACGCAGGACUACCCGGGCCAGACCCCGGUCCCCCCAGAGCACGGCAUGACCCUGUACACACCAGCACAGACCCACCCUGAGCAGCCAGGCACCGAAGCCAGCACACAGCCCAUUGCAGGGGCCCAGACAGUGCCGCAGACAGAUGAGGCGGCACAGACGGACAGCCAGCCGCUGCACCCCUCCGACCCCACAGAGAAGCAGCAGCCCAAACGGCUGCACGUCUCCAACAUCCCCUUCCGGUUCAGGGACCCGGACCUGCGGCAAAUGUUCGGGCAAUUCGGAAAAAUUUUAGACGUGGAGAUCAUUUUUAACGAGCGGGGCUCCAAGGGUUUUGGGUUUGUAACUUUUGAAACUAGCUCAGAUGCUGACCGAGCCCGGGAGAAGCUGAAUGGGACGAUCGUAGAGGGACGGAAAAUUGAGGUCAAUAACGCCACGGCCCGAGUUAUGACCAAUAAGAAGACUGCCAACCCCUACACCAAUGGCUGGAAGCUAAACCCGGUGGUAGGCGCAGUCUACGGGCCUGAGUUCUAUGCAGUGACCGGGUUCCCCUACCCCACCACGGGCACAGCCGUUGCCUACAGGGGUGCACACCUACGGGGCCGGGGCCGAGCCGUGUAUAAUACGUUUCGGGCUGCACCGCCCCCGCCCCCCAUCCCAACUUAUGGAGCGGUCGUGUAUCAGGAUGGCUUUUAUGGUGCUGAGAUUUAUGGAGGCUAUGCAGCCUACAGGUAUGCUCAGCCAGCAGCGGCAGCAGCAGCCUACAGCGACAGCUAUGGCAGAGUCUACGCAGCUGCUGACCCCUACCACCACACCAUCGGGCCCGCAGCGACCUACAGCAUUGGGACCAUGGCUAGCCCCUGCCGAGGAGGGUACAGCCGCUUCACCCCCUACUAGCAAGAGGCCCAGCCCCUAACAGCAUUCACUGACUGCCUAGUACACACCAAACCCAGCAGUCCAAACCAGGCACAGCCACCCGGAGGACAGUGCACCCCUCCCGGUCAGCGACACGCACCACUGACCUCCAUCCAUAGGUUUUACCUCCAGCCAGCUGGUCUCCCCCUCGAUGGCGUGUGUGUCUCUGACGUUGGUUACCCCCGUAUGUCUGAAACCUUGGUUCCUAUUUUCACUUUGUUGACGUUGUGCCCCCCAAGCCAUUUCAGGUAUGGUAUGCACAGAGAGGGAGAGGCGAGGCUGGGCAGGAGACCCCUCCCCGAGAAUUAGCAAUAGAGCCCACGAGGGCAGCACCCCCUCCCCAUCCCCCGGGUCUGCAGAGCCACAGAAGACCUCCAGCUGGCCUCCCCAGGAAGCCACCCCAGCCAGCCCAGGCCACAGCUCCCAUCCGUCACCUGGGGUUCAGGGAGCGAGGGGCUCCUGUCCACCCCAGUUGGUGGGUUCCCGGGCACAACACUGCUCCCUUCCGACCCUCACCCAGCUAUUCACGGCAGUAGCCGCCU